GGACGUUGUGGAGGCGGAGCGGGUUUCUGGUAACACACUUAAAGACUUCUGUACGCAAGGUCGUGUCCCCAGCUGCGGUGUGGAGGGCUCUUAUUUUGGGCAAAGAUGAUGUCCAUAGCCGCUCGUUCCGGGGCUCUUUCCCCGUACAUGCAGGCGACAAAGCAAACAGUUAAAAGCCUGGUGUCACCUGGAGCCCAGCACUUGGUGCCUGCCGCUGCUCCUGGAGGGAUCCGCCUUGCCCACACAGAUAUCAAGAUUCCUGACUUUACAGACUACCGUCGUCCCGAGGUUCUCAACCCCAACAAGUCCUCCCAGGAGAGCAGUGAGGAAAGAAGGUUGUUCUCUUACCUUGUCACUGGAGCGACCACUGUGGUUGGUGUGUAUACAGCCAAGACAGUGGUCAGCCAGUUUGUCUCCUCGAUGAGUGCAUCUGCAGAUGUCCUGGCCUUAUCCAAGAUUGAGGUCAAGCUCAGUGACAUCCCUGAAGGCAAAAACAUGACCUUCAAGUGGAGAGGAAAGCCCCUGUUUGUCCGUCACCGCACAGAGAAGGAAAUCGCUGCAGAGGAGGCUGUGAAUAUCUCAGAGCUGCGUGACCCCCAGCAUGACAAGGAAAGAGUGCAAAAUCCCAGCUGGGUUAUCGUCCUCGGUGUGUGCACCCAUCUGGGUUGUGUGCCCAUUGCCAACGCAGGAGACUAUGGAGGCUACUACUGUCCUUGCCAUGGCUCCCACUAUGAUGCUUCAGGAAGAAUAAGAAAGGGACCCGCUCCUCUUAACCUGGAGGUUCCCUACUAUGAAUUCCUUAGUGAGGACACAGUUAUGGUGGGAUAAAUACUGGAGCACUGUCUCAUUUCCUCUCUAUAUGUAUUUUUGUGAUGGCUCUGUGUGAGAGUUGGGGUGUGAAAUAAAAUGUGUGUAUUUACUAAUAAAGACAUAUUUCCAUCUCUAU